AUGAGCAAGAGACAGACAGAGACAGAGGAGGAACACAGGGAACGUUUGCAAAGAGAAUCUGAUUUUGCUGGGGAGUUUGGUGAAGUUAGAAAGACAAAUUUAACAGUGGAUGCUGAUAAGUUGAUAUCUGGGUCCAAGCCAAAGAAUAAGCUAAAGGGAAUCAAAUUGUUUAGAAGUCUUGGUGAGAGGAAGAGUGGUGGUGGUGUUGGUAAUGGUAAGGGUAAUGGUGUUGGUGAAGUGGAAAAGAGAAAAUCUGUCAAAGAAGAACCUCAAGCUAAGAAACAAAAAUUAGAAUCAAAUGUUAACCAAUCUAUAAAGACUACUGAAUAUCAUUUAAAUUUGGAUGAUGAUGAAACUGAAAAUAAUGAUCCAAUAGUCACUAAUAAACUAAAAUUAACCAAAAUACGAGAUGAUGAUGAAGAUUUAGAUGAUGAAGAUAGUCAACCUCGUUUCAUAAAUAUUAAUGCUUUGAAAGCUCUUGGGAAAUCAAAUAUAAGUAAUGAUACACCUAUUUAUCAUCUUGAUCCAAAUGAUGAUGAACCUGAAACUAUUGAAAAAGAAACUCAUAUAAUUGAUACACCAGAAACCACUCAAAAGAAUAAUGUACAAGAAAAUAAUGAUAAUAAUGAUAAUGAUGAUGAUGAUAAUGAUGAUGAAUUUUUCGAUGCUCAAGAUCAAACACUUGAAGUGAAUCUCCCUGAUAGGUCCACUGAUCAAAUUAAUGAAAUGCAAAUUGUAAAUUUAAAAGUUAAAUUAUAUUCAAAAUUAACUGGGAAAUCAAAUAGAAUACCUUAUGGAUUAGAAUCAAAAUUUCAAGAUAUUUAUAAAUUAUUAGAAUCUACAAUUAAAGAUCAUGAAAGUCAAUCAGCUUUAGUGGUUGGUCCUAAGAAUUCAGGUAAAACUGCAGUUUUAAAUUCAGUUUUAGAUCAAUUAAGAUCAAAUAUCUCACAAACAAAUGAAGAUUUUUUAUUAAUUAAAAUAUCUGGUAUUACUCAAGAAGAUGAUAAAUCUGCAGUUAAAUCAAUUGCAAGACAAUUAGAUUUAGAAAUUUCUAGAGCAUAUCAUAUAAAUAUUAGAACUUUAGAUGAUAAUGAAUUAUUAGCACAAAAAUCAGUUACUGAAGCAUUUGCCAAUAUACUAAGUAUAUUGGAUAAACAUAUAUUAACUGAAAAAUCAGAUCAAAAAUUUAUUAAAUUACCAAUAAUUUUCAUAAUUGAUGAAGUUGAUGUUUAUGCAAGUCCAAAUAGACAAACAUUAUUAUAUAAUCUAUUUGAUUUAGUGGAAAAUAGUUCAACACCAAUUACAACUUUAUGUUUUUCAUCAAAAUUUACUGUUAAAGAUAUGUUUGAAAAAAGAGUUCGAAGUAGAUUUUCACAAAGAAUGAUUCAAUUUCCUAAAUUUCCCAUGGGUCAAUUUGUUUCUGUUGCAGAAAAAAUUUUAAGUAUUGAUGAACCAACAAAUGAUUAUGAAAUUAAAUGGAAUGAAUAUGUUACAAAUUUAAUAAAUAAUGAUUCAUCAUUAAGGAAAAUUGUCAUUUAUAAUCAUUUAACUGUUAAUAAUUUUAAAGAUUUUUAUAAUCAUUGUACAUAUCCAAUUUCCAAAAUUUCAUCUCAACAACCAUUUUUAAAUGAUUUAGAUUUUAAUAAAUAUUUAGAUAAUCAUUCCAAGAAUUCAAUAAUUAAAAUUAUAAAUUCAUUAUCAGAAAUUGAAAUUUCUUUACUUAUAUGUGCAGCUAGAUUAGUUGUUAAAAAUGAUAUAAAUUGGAUAAAUUUAAAUACAACAUAUGAAGAAUACUUACAAUUAUCCAAAUCAACAAAUCAAAAUAGAUCAAGUACCAUAUUUAAUAUAAAUUCAAUAAAUACAGGUUUUAAAAUUUGGUCAAAAGAAAAAUGUGAAGAACCUUGGAUUUUUUUACAAAAAAUAAAUUUAUUAACAUCAUCAAUAUCAUCAUCAACAUCAAAUAAUAAUAAGACAAAUAAAAGUAUUGAUUUUUCAAAUAAUACUGUUGAAACUAAGAUGUGGCAAUUAGAAAUAACAUUAGAUGAAUUAAGAUUAAUUGUUGAUUCUGAUAAGAAUGUUAAAUCUUGGACAAGAUUAUAG